AACCCAACACACGUAUUUCUGGAAAGAAAAAAUAAUAAUAAUCGGGAAGAGGCAAAGAGGCCCAGAGGGAGCGUAUUUUGAUGACCAAGAGCCUCAGGAAGGGUAGAAAAAACGCCGGAGGACAAGUUAAACAGUUUCGAUACGGAAGUUGUUUGGCGGCUGGCACAGGAAACUCCAAACAGCCACCCCAUCAUUGCGAGGCGACACUCUCAAUGUCCCAGCAUAAUCCAGCCCAGCUAGUUGAACACAAAAAUCUCGCGGUUUCAAGAAUUUCGAGUGCAUUUUUCCGUUGUGAUAGGCAAUGGAUACGUUGCGGGAGGAUGAGGAAGAGUACAGCUGGAGAGAAGUGAAGCUGCCUAGUCUGAUACCCAUAGUGCCAGAACCAGAGCUGGAGAGAGAGAGAGGGGAGAGGAGACGAGGCCGGGACGUACUUAUAGCUGUGGAUCACGGUCCUAACAGCAAGCACGCCUUUGAUUGGGCUCUCAUCCACCUCUGCAGGCUCGCUGAUACCCUCCAUCUCAUCCAUGCUGUUUCCAGCGUGAAAAACGAGGUCGUUUACGAGGUCAGCCGGGGCCUUAUGGAGAAGCUUGCGGUUGAGGCUUUUGAAGUUGCCAUGGUGAGGACUGAGGCUCGGAUUGUGGAAGGGGAUCCUGGUAAGGUAAUUUGCAAGGAAGCAGAAAGGUUGAAGCCUGCCGCAGUGGUCAUGGGUACCAGAGGCAGAAGCAUUAUUCAAAGUGUACUGCAGGGAAGCGUGAGCGAAUAUUGCUUCCACAACUGUAAAUCAGCACCUGUAAUAAUUGUUCCUGGGAAAGUACAGCUUGACAUGCUAAAGCCUUGCAUGGAAUUCAUAAGUCUAAUAUGGCACAGACCAACGUGUAUGUUAUAAUUGAAGACGAAACUGGAGAACGGUGGCCCGAGAAAUAGUUUGGUGAUACUACAAAUAUAGUCCUAAUCAAGUCCUUGCCCUUUGAACUCUUCAAUCGUAUUGUCUUAAGUUCUGUGAGGUUGAUAAUUCAUAAGUUCGACUACAUUAUUGUUAUAAACUAUCUUGAAUUGUAUGAUCACAUUUAUCUAGUCGUCAAAU